GAUUGCUCCGUGAUGUGAGAGCUGAGAGCUAAAAGUUUUUAAAAUGGCGUCAAACUCACUUCCCGUGCACAUGGCCGUGUAGAGGCUAUGUGUCGUGUGUGAAAUCUCCGAUAGCAUUUUACUUGUUUAAUAGUGCACGAAUGUGAUUAAAAAAUGUCGAAGCUCUGCGUCCUGUUUGAACAUGCUGCGGGCUACGCCUUGUUCAGCGUUAAGGAAUUUGAAGAAGUCGGCAUUCUCUUGCCCCAAGUCGAAGAGUCGGUAACAGAUUUGGGCCGUUUUCAUGGAGUUGUCAAGUUGGUCGGUUUCUUGCCUUUCAAGACUGCUCUCGCUGCUCUAGAGAAUGUAAACAGCAUAUCAGAAGGCGUAGUGCCGAACGACCUGAAACUGUUCCUAGACUCAAGUUUGCCUAGCAAGAGAAAAAAGCUCAUUCUCGGCGUCGCCGAUCCUAAACUUGGCGCGAGCAUCGCCGAAGCUUUGGAUGUGAAGUGCGAUCAUACCGGCGUUGUGCCAGAACUUAUCCGAGGCAUACGCUAUCAUUUUCACAAUCUCGUCAAGGGAUUUACAGCAAAAAGCUCUGGCGUUGCCCAACUUGGUUUAGGACACAGCUAUUCAAGGGCUAAAGUCAAGUUCAACGUACACAGGGUAGACAAUAUGAUUAUUCAGAGCAUAGCGCUCCUUGAUCAACUCGACAAGGACGUCAACACAUUCAGCAUGCGUAUACGCGAGUGGUACAGCUACCACUUUCCAGAGCUUGUGAAAAUUGUACCCGAAAAUUACCUCUUCGCCAAGGUAGCGCAACUUAUAAAAAAUCGCAAGGAAUUAACCGAGGAGAAACUCGAAGCACUCGAAGAAAUUGUAAUGGAUAGUGCAAAAGCUCAGGCUAUAAUUGACGCGUCGAAAUCUUCUAUGGGAAUGGACAUCAGCCCUGUUGAUCUUCUAAAUAUAGAAAUGUUUGCUGGACGAGUAAUCGCUUUGGCCGACUAUAGAAAACAGCUGGCCGAAUACUUGAGGUGUAAAAUGGCUGGUGUCGCUCCGAAUCUAGCAACUCUAAUCGGCGAUCAAGUCGGGGCUCGACUGAUCGCGCACGCAGGGUCUCUGACGAAUUUGGCAAAGUAUCCCGCGUCAACGGUCCAGAUUUUGGGUGCCGAGAAGGCUCUUUUCAGAGCAUUGAAAACUAAAGGAAAUACCCCUAAGUACGGGUUGCUGUUUCAUUCGACGUUCAUUGGAAGGGCAGGUGCCAAAAAUAAGGGAAGAAUUUCGAGAUACCUGGCAAACAAGUGUUCCAUCGCGUCUAGAAUCGACUGUUUCACAGACACCCCGUCCAGUAUAUUUGGCGAGAAAUUGCGCCAGCAAGUCGAGGACAGGCUGAAAUUCUAUGAGACAGGGGACGUGCCCAAGAAGAACAUAGACGUCAUGAAAGAGGCGCUGGAAGAGGCUGCACAAGUUGUCGUCGCUGCUGAGGAAGAGUCUCCAAAAAAGAAAAAGAAAAAGGACAAGAAAAGAAAGAGCGAAAAUAUCGAAAAUGGCAAUUCGAACGGAGCUGCGGUUGACAAUGGUACAGUCGAAGCUGAGGUCGACGAUGACGUACCCAAAAAGAAGAAGAAAAGGAAGUCCAAGAGUCAAAAUGACGAGUGAGUGAACUACGGCUGAGGUUAUUCGAUCUCGUCAUCUAAGUUGUUGUAUUUCAUUUACAAAUGAAAUCUAAUAGAUGAUGCGACGAUAUUCAAAACUUGAAAGAGUGCAUUUUCAUUACUACAGACAUUGAGACAAUGAGGCUUUCUCAGUAAAGUUUACU